AUGGGUUCUGGACACGAAGCGGAGGGUUUUCAGAUCCAUGAUGUUCCGACAUUCGAAAUAUUUGUCAAGGGUUCUGACAAUGGUUCAUUUGGGGGCGCCAAACUCAACGGAACCAAUUUCCGCAAAUGGAAACGACUUAUAGCUGCUCAUCUUCGCGGCAUGCACAAGAUGGGGCAUGUCACCGGCGUCACGGAGAAUUCACAUUUUGAAAAGCUGUAUCAUGGAGAGGGGGAGAUGAGUGAGUCCAUCGAUAUGGUGACAGGUUCUGUUGAGAUCACAAAUGUGUCAGCUACACAGACACCACCGGAUGUCGUCACUCCAGAGAUUCAGAAGGAGAAGGUGCCUUAUACUUUCUAUAUAGCAGAUAAGGAGCUUAAUGAGUCGCUGGGCGAAUAUGCGGAGAAGAUCAAGAAUUCUGGGGAGAAGCUUGGAUCUAUAUUGUUCACCAUCAAAUCUAUUAUUUUUGUUACUGCAGGUCACUCAGAAGCUGUAUUUUCUGUUGCGUAUAGCCCUGACGGUAUGCAGUUGGCGAGUGGUUCUGGUGAUACAACUGUCCGCCUAUGGGACCUCAAUACUCAGACCCCUUUGUACACAUGUUCAGGACAUAAGAACUGGGUUCUUUGUAUUGCUUGGUCUGCUGAUGGAAAGCAUCCGUUAGUGGGAGCAAGUCUGGAGAACUUCAGAAUUGGGAUUCGAAGCUCUGUUCACCUUAUUGUUGACACCGCCCCCAUCUUCUCCAAGAUCACUGUCACUUGUUGUCACACCAAGAAUCGAAUUGAGUACCUGGCGAUGAAGGCCAUGGAUGGGUUGACAUAG